AUUAACUGUUAAGAGUUAGGACCCAUCUAUGAAACCACUAAGAGAGCGACAAAACCAUGAGAGUUUGUGUCCCUACCCAUUCACGGCUGCUAUAACUUUGUGAUUACCUUCUUCUCUCCUCUUCUUUACCUUUUAUAUAUAAGAGAUCAAAGCUUUUGUUCAGACAUCACUUGCAAAAUAAUUUAUUUUUAUCUCAUUUGUGUCUUGUCUGGGAAAAAAACAUGGCUACUUUUGAGGAAAGCUCUGAUUUGGAUGCUAUACAGAAGCAUCUCUUUGAAGACUUUAUGGUUUCUGAUAGUUUCAUGGGAGAUUUUGACUUUGAUGCUUCUUGUGUCUCAGGACUCUGGUGUAUAGAGCCUGCAAUGAAUCAAGUUCCUAAACAAGAACCUGAUUCCUCAUCAGCACAUGAGACUGAUCAGACUGUCUCGACCAAGAAAAAAAGCAAAGGGAGGUUCCAUGAAGAAGAAGAAGAACAGAGGCAUUACCGAGGAGUGAGACGAAGGGCGUGGGGCAAAUUUGCAGCAGAGAUUCGUGAUCCAGGUAAGAAAGGAUCUCGGGUAUGGCUAGGAACCUUUGAGAGUGGUGUUGAUGCUGCAAGAGCCUAUGACUGUGCAGCUUUCAAGCUCAGGGGAAGAAAAGCUGUGCUCAACUUUCCCCUGGACGCUGGCAAAUAUGAAGCUCCGGCGAACUCAGGACGGAGAAGGAAGAGGAGUGAUGCAAAGGAGGAGCUCCAAAGAAGCCAGGGAAACUCUUCAUCAUCUUCAAUUGAUGGAGAAACUACAUGUGAAUGAUGCAUUUAACAUUUAAGAAUGUGGGCAUUGUAUAAGGUGAAGUGUAGGUUAGUAUGCUAAUAACUCUUGCAACAAACUUGUAUCUAUGCGUCUGUUUCUUCAUGUUCAAAAGACCAUAAUAUUUUAGAAACAAGUUCUUGUUGAGUUCCCG